UCGCCGCAUUUCUUAAGAGAGGGGAUGGAUCUCUCUUCGGCGGCUAACCAAAUUCCUAAUCGGAGGUUUUAGCAGUAAGUAAUUCUCAAGAUGGGUCAAGCUCAGAGUGACGAGAACUCAAUUCCAACGACAACGACGACGACGAACACUCCUUCUCCUUCUACGAAUUCGCCGCGUGAUUCUCAUGGCGAUAAUACUUCGUUGACAUCGAUGGAUUCUCUCCUCGCUGAAGCUGCUGCUUAUGGUGAAGAUGAGAAUGAGAAUGAGUCGCUUGAAGCAAAGGCACAGAGAUCUCUUGAUUGUCCUUGCAUAGCAGAUUUGCGUAAUGGCUCUUGUGGCUCUCAGUUCUCUGAGGCGUUCCUUUGCUUUCUCAAAAGCACUGCUGAAGAAAAGGGAUCAGACUGUGUGAAUCCAUUUAUAGCAUUGCAAAGCUGUAUAAAAGCCAACCCGGAUGCAUUCUCUAAAUCGGUUACAGAGGACGAAGAAGAAAAAACCGAGAAAAAGGAAGAGCAGCCGCCUGUGCAAGACCAGAGAAUCAUCCCACCUCUCUGGGCGAAAGACCCGCCUCGCAGCAACAAAUCCAAGCUUUAGAAGAUCAAAACAACAAUGUAGUCAGCAAUUAGUACCUAUUGUUUCCUCUACAUGACAACAAACAGAAGAGAGUUAAAGAAGACCAUUAUCAAUGGUCGUGUAGAUCAACAUUGUUCUCUUUUUUUUUAAAUUAUUUAAAUAAAAUGUUUUGAGAUUUUUUA